UAGUAGAUUAACAACGGAAAAAGUGGAAGCAUUGAAAUGAUCUGAUAAUUAAUCAUUCACUAGUGUUUGAAUGUAAAGAAAACAUGCCAUAUAAAUAAAAAUAAACGGAUUCACUACAUACGUAGUUUUAGUAGCUCAAGGAAUAAAAAUAAGUAACUCGUUACAGAUUUCAUCGUACUCAAACUCACAGAAUGUCCAUCAAUGUGGCGUUCACUCACUCGAAUCAAAGUCUUAAUUCCAUCCUUUACAACCACAGUCUCACUCUUAUCUAAAUCACACUUUACUGAGACACUAGAUCUCAUAAAGGAGCUGAUGGAUGUCAUACGAGAAAUGAGGAUUUUCUCCGACGCCAGGAGCAACAUGUUCCGGCAAAUAAAGGAGAGAGUGUUAAAGGCAGAAGAUUUAGCGAAGCAGGUUGCUUGGAAGACUGAGUUCGAUGCAGCCUUAAAAAAAGAAAUCAUGCCUGUUUCAAAGGCGCACAAUAUCGAUGAUAAUUUAAGAACGAGUGAUAUUAAAAUCAGUCAAGAUGUGACGUUCUUUCAAAUGGGUCUUUCACAAGAGAUACUGGAUGGUCUUUUGUGUUGCGGAUUUCAGAGACCUUCACCGAUACAGUUAAAAGCAAUACCUUUAGGACGCUGUGGAUUUGAUAUAAUAUUACGUGCAAAAUCUGGAACUGGAAAAACAGCAGUUUUUGGUAUAAUAGCAUUAGAAAUGAUAAAUGUUGAAUCAUCGUGUGUACAAGCCUUGAUCUUAGCACCUACAAGGGAAAUUGCUGUGCAGAUCGCAGAAGUCAUAUCGUCAAUUGGAAAGGAGAUAAAAGGUUUGAAAGUCGAAUAUUUCAUAGGUGGUGUUGCAAUAAAUGGAGAUAAACAGAAACUUAAUGGAUGCCAAAUAGUAGUUGGUGCUCCUGGAAGAAUAAAGCAUUUGAUUGACUUAGGUUGUUUGAAACUUAAUAGUGUUCGACUCUUGGUGCUUGACGAAGCAGAUAAACUAAUGGAAAUGAGUUUUCAGAAGGAUAUUAACUACAUUUUUUCCAAAUUAGCAACCAACAAACAAAUUAUAUCGUCUAGUGCAACGUACCCAGAUGAUUUAGAUAUUCUUUUAGCUUAUUAUAUGCGCUCUCCAAAAUUAGCAUCCCCAGAUAAUGAUGGACCUAUACUUGUUGGAUUAAGACAGUUUGUUACUAUUGUUCCGCAACAUCCAAAUGUAAUGAAGCAGGUACAUAUUAAGAUCGAAGAAUUGGCUAAAGUCUUGAGCACGAUUCCAUUUAAACAAUGUCUGGCAUUUUCAAACUACCAAACGCGUGCCCAAUCUGUUUGCAAUAAAAUUACUUCCAUGGGAUUUUCUGCAAUAUAUAUUGCCGGAAAUCAGGACAUGAAUAGACGACUAACCCACAUUGCAAUGCUGAAGAAUUAUGAGUGUCGAAUAAUGUUGACAACCGAUUUGACAGCAAGAGGUAUUGAUGCUGAAAACGUUAAUCUGGUGAUUAAUUUCGAUAUUCCAGUAGAUAGUGCAACAUUCUUGCACAGAAUAGGAAGAGCUGGAAGGUACGGGUCUCGUGGAAUUUCCAUAACCAUCAUUUCGGAAAAUGAACUUGAAAACUUUCAUAAAUUAUUAUCCAGUAUAGGAAGCGAGCGCUUUUCUGUCUUCAAACUUCCAACUGUUUAUUCACAGGAUAUUUGGAAUUUAAAUGACUUAGAGCUUGACAUUUUUUUUGCGAAAGCGAACGCCAAGAAGACAACGAUAACCAUGACGACAACAAACACAGUUGAACCAACUGAGAAAGUAGAGACUUCUUCGUUUAAACGAAGAAAUUGCCAAGUAGAUCAAAUUAGUUAUGAUUCUUUACCUCAAACUAGUACGCUUGAUGGUAGCAACAAGUUUCAGUGUCCUAGAAAGCAACAGAAUGAGCAGGAACAAAAGUUAAAGGCAGCAUCGAUCGAUGAGGAUUCAAGAAACAAUAUUAUAUCACGCGUUGAUAUACUACUAGCUGAAAAUGUUCUCUUAUCUCACAAAGAUUUAGAACCAGAAAAAAAAAUCGCGUCAUUCAAUGAAAAGAAAAAAGAAGUAACUGAAAAUCAGUGCAAACAAAAAUUCGUUUAUAAAAUUGAAUUAAAUUCCUCAAUUAUUAUUCCUUCUAAUUGGCGUAAGUUCAAUGAGUUUAAGUCUUUUGAAUUAAGCUUAAGUGAAAGGUUUGAUGAAGACAAUAUUAAAACUGAUAUAGAGAAUCUCAGACAAUUGCUGAUCUUCGAUAUAGAAAGUAGUGGUAAUAAUUUCAUCCAAGAAAUUGGAGAUGAUGAUGAUAUUCCUAUUUUCUCUGACACAAGGUUUAAUAGCUCGACAGCCAUGAAAUGUAAAGAUCAGAAAAAAAAAUGGAAUGAUUUUCUUCUAUUCAUAGAAUCGGCUUACCCAUCAUUGGAUACAUUUUCUCUAGAUUAUCAAGAUUUUAGUAUUAUUGAUGAAUUAAACAGAAGUCUAUUGUUUUGGUUGAUUGCAAAUGACAAUGGUGAUAUUAGUUCGAGAGAAAGGAUAAUUAAAUGGAAUGAUCACCUUGAACAUGAGCUAAAUCAGUUAGAAAAGCUACUGCAUUAUAAGGAAUAUAAUUUUAAGGAUGGUGGGCAAAGAAAAUUAUGUGGAGAGUACUUAUCCGCGCUGAAGACUUUCUAUAAGUUACAAAAUAAAGCUCAUUUAUCUUCGGGCGAUCUUAGUAAGUGUCGCCAUAAUCAACAACAAACUUUAGAAAAUAUAGGAUAUUUUUUCCCAUUGCAAAUUGAUCUGAUAAACUACAAACGAUUAUGGUCAAAAAAUUUUGUUUUAUCUGAAAUGGAAAUUGAAGAGUUUUAUGAAGCGAUCAAAUAUCUUCGGUCAAAUCAUAAUUUUAGACCAAAAGUAUUAGAAAUGAAAAAAUUAUUAGUGUUUGUCGAUGAAAAAGAGCGCUCGAAUCUGGAAAAAUAUGCAAAGAAUUUCGUCAAAAUAAAAACGAGUUUUGAAGAUUUGAUACUGUUUUUGAAAGAGAAAAGUACUAGAAGGGAAAUUGAAUAUUUUCACCAAUCAUUAGAAAUGGGGAAUAAUUGUAAAGGAGAUACCGAAAAGGUGACAGAGCGGUUACAUUUAAAUGAAAAUCAUAGUUUUAACGACCGUCUAUUGAACGAUAAAGAAACUGGUAUGAAGUACGCUAGGCAAGAGGCCUUUCUAGAGAAGGUAGACCAACCAAAAUUUUCUGUGUCUGAUAUCUACAGUUCUGGAUAUGUUAAACCAUGUUUUUCUCAACUUCUCACAGAAACAGGGAUUUCAGAUUUAAAUAAAUAUACAUAUUGUUUAUUUCUCCCUGAUUUAACUAUGCAUGAAAAUGUGAUUGAUGAUCUAGGAAUCAAUUUGGAUGCAGAAAUAUACUUAAAGGAACUGUCCCUUAAAGGGAAUUUAUUACAUAUGUAUGAAUAUAUGUCACAAAUGCUUGUCAAUUUUGUGGGCUACUGAAGAAUAAACAAUAGUCUUCUGUAUGUAAAUUUAUGUCUCUAUAUUAUAAAAAUAUCUUGUUGCAACCAGCGCCUAUGUUCAAGAAUUCGGAAUCAUCCUAUUGUGUACAUUAUAUAUAAACGUUAAUGGUACACU